AUGUCGACGAGCGCGAACCUGCCGGCAGGAUUUUCCAUUACUUCAAUUAAUGGCAUACGAUGUACAGCAGUCCCAAGAUCUCUCACAACGCUUUCAGGAAGCGCCGCGACAGCUGCCUCUUCCUUAGAAGCAGCAACUUCUUCAACAAGUACGAGUACGAGUACGACCGCGACUGCGACUGCGACUACGCAAACAUCUACCCCAAUAACCUCAACAACCAGUACUCAGACACAAAAUACACCGGAUGUUGUGUCCUCAAGCAUUGCUUCCUCCACCACUGUUAUCGCAGCGGUUGUAUCAAGCGAUCUUAUUCAAGUUACACCUACCACAGCAGCAACGACCGCGCCACCAGCAGUUACGAAUACCACUACUCCCGUAGCACAAGCGAGUGCAGUAGUAAUUCCAGAUACAAGCACGAGUGAGAGUUCGGAUUCAGUCACAAGUGCCGCGAGUACAGCCUCCAAAGGCACGGACCCGACAACAUCUUCUAGUACCCCCAUAGCUGUUGCUCAGAGCGAGGUUCGUUCCUCGGCGACGGCAACAACAGAUCUCAAUAGCAAUAAUGGAUUUCAAUCUCUUGCAAUGUCAAAAUCUGCGGCGACUAUGACUUCUGCAGCCCCCAGCUCGUCAAAGUCUGCAACAGAAGGAGGGAUAGCUACAACUCCCCGACUAUCACCUGGUCCAGUUGUCGGGGGUGUAUUAGGAUCUAUUGGUUUUAUCGCGGGCGUGGCGCUACUGUUUUGGUUCUUGCGGAAAAGAAGGCGGGAUCGAAACAGCUUACUCACACCUCUCACAACUGGAACUCGAAGCGAGUUUAACGAAAACGAUGGUCGCUCUGGUGGGCGAAGAAACUUUGGCGAAACGUGGAGGUCGGAUAUGGGUUCACAAGGGGAUAGGCUCAGGUCAGCGGCAUCUAGGUUAAAGACAGGACUCCUUGGUAUUGGGGUCUCCUUGAAGUCCAAAGUCGUGGGCGAUCGGAGCGACAGGCCAGGUGUAAACCUAAAUAGGGGGAACUCCCAGUUCCUCGAUGGCCCAAUUCCACAACAUAGCCGGAAUAAUUCUGUGCUGUCGAAUGGCGCAGGACCGCACACAGUCAAAGAACGCUUAGAUGAUUGGUGGGAGAGCUUCAGAGAAAAAGUCAAGUUCAGAAAGAACAACGAGCCAGCUGACCCCUUUGCCGCCGCCCGUGGCAUGACAGAGAAACAAGCCAGUCUCAACAAACCUCCCGAUUUCUCCCAGCUCUUAGGAAUGGACGACCGAGAGCUACAAGUGCAAGCAGAGCGACGGCGAACGUCCUUCAAAACGCAAUCAGGCUCCUCCCUACCCCCCUUGGGAAGCCUCGUUCUGAACUUCGGCGACAACCCCUUCGCUGAUCCCAUAACAGCAGCGACCACCACCACCACCAACUCCAACAAACAGAACCAAGCCUGGCGACCACCCAAUCGUCAAUCAGGCCGGCUCCGCACCAACUCCGACCCUUUCGCGGACCCCAUCUCCCAACCCCAACCCUCAAUGCCCAAACCAAACACCUACGUAGCCGACAUCCGACGCUCUCGCGGGCAAUCCGUCGACGCAACGAAAAAAGGACCAUCCAUGUACGGCCGCCCCCCCAGCACCAACCCAGCAACCUCACGCUACCCCUCCACCAUCGCGCCCAGCAGAGACAGCUACCGCGACACCGUCUUCUCCUCCCUCUCGGCUAACGCGCGGAAAGGCAAGGGCCGAUCCGACCCCUUUGAUCUAGAGCGGCCUGAACUCUGGCGCACGAAUGGCAAUGGCAAUGUGAAUGUGUUAAGCAGCAAUCGUGCCUCCUCGCGGCAACGCGGUGCCAGUAUGGGUGCACGGGAGUCAGCGAAUCUCUAUCCCACCCCGCUGCGCACCUAUGACCUGCCUACUCCCAGGGUCGUCAGCACAGCCACGUCUCGAGUCGUGAGCAACGAAACGUACAUGUCAAAAUACAGUAGCGGUAUCGGUUCAGAGUGGGGUGACCCAGGACCUGAUUUGGGCCCUGGGAGCGGGAACAGCAGUCUGAAGGGUAACGUGAGUUCCAGUUCUAGUGGUGGCAGCGCGCAUGGGGUCCAAGGCCAAGGAAUGUCUGGUACGAGUAGAGGGCAGGAGUUGGCGAGUCGGGGGGAUGAGGAUGUGAGUCCGGUUAGCUUUGAGAAGGGAGCUGGGAUUGGGAAUGGGAAUGGAGUGGGCAAGGCAAUGUGA